GCAUGUUGCCCAAUUGAUAGAGUCAUAUAUUUAAGGAUUUUGGCUAAAUCAACUCAACAAGUUAGUAGCCAUCUUCCCUAGUUAAGAAAAAUAGGUAUCGUCGCUCAUUUUUUUUCCAAUAGAUUCCUCAUCAUUACGCAACAACAAUCACAUAGUAUAGCUAAUUCUCUUAAUAGAUUUAGGUAUCAUGAGUAAACCGAGAUGGUUUCAAGUAUUAACAGAGGGAAACUUAGAUGGAAACUGCGAAAAGCAUUGUUGUGGUUUCCGAAAAAACAUCUUUAGGUUCGAGUCCUGUGAUGUGGUGUGCCUCGAGGGCAUAAAUCCGUACCAUAUUCAACCUCAUGUUCGAGUGCUCACCAUGUUUGAUCUUAACGCCAUUGAAUUGGACCAAAUCUCUGAUCUCUUUGAUUGUUCCCAAAUUCAAAAUAAUGGUUACGUUGGAGGGAAGGAGAUGAUAGCGUUGAGGCCAUGGCGAGAUUGUGUAAGAUCUACAGAAGGUUGCACCAAACAUGUCGGUGGGGUUAAUUCCAAGUUCUGCUCUUUCACAUGCAAGAUCGAACAUGUUUUGGAGCAUGAAGGUGAUUUGUCCAGCAUUGCUAGACUUUGGUCGGAGAAUGAUUCGAGAGAAACAUCAGAACAUGUUGGUGAUCUAUCAAUCCAUCCUUGUGGUGAUCCAGAGAGAAUCUUUCCAUUCAAGAAGAGAGUUUUUUGACAGCGACGAAGACAUAUAUGCAUCCUACUAGUUUUAGAGAUAUCUCUUAAUUAGUUCUACACAUUGUCCACAGGAUUUUUUUCUUUUUUCUUUUUCUUGUGUGUGUGUGUGUGUGUGGAUAUAUAGAUAUAGCUUAAGAUCA